ACGCGGAUUCUGUCCAAUGUACAGCGCCACUCUUCUGAGGGCGGGACGGCGCGGAACCUGCAGAGCUGGUGGUGAAAGCGCGUGGCCGAGGCGGGCGAGAGUGGACGCUGCAGGAUGGUAAAACAUAAGAGAAAAGGUCCCAAAGGGACAGAGAAGAAGAGUAAAAAGCUAAAGAUAACAUCAUCAGAAGAGACACCGCAGGCAUCUGACGCCCGGCCGGGCAAGGAGGCGACCAGCCUUAAGGUGCUGGAGGCCAGCGCUGAACUGUCCCCAGAGGAGAGGAGGGUCUUGGAAAGGAAACUGAAGAAGGAACGGAAAAAGGAAGAGAAAAAGCGGCUGCGAGAGGCAGGCAUUGCUGCGGCUCAGACAGCCAAGGGCCAGACCCUGCCAGCCAAGCCCUCGGCUGCCGUUCUAGCCCUGGAGUAUCUCCAAGGGUGGGCCCGGAAGCAGGAGAGCUGGAGAUUCCAGAAGACGAGGCAGACGUGGCUCUUGCUGAACAUGUAUGACGAAGACAAGGUUCCUGAUGAGCACUUUCCCACCCUGCUGGACUACCUCGAGGGGCUGAAGGGCAGUGCCCGUGAGCUGACAGUCCAGAAGGCCGAGGCCCUGAUGCAGGAGCUCGAUGAGGCCGACACCGAGGCCAGAGAUGCACAGCUGGGGAAGAUGGAGCGCCUCCGGCAGGUGCUGCAGCUGCUCUCCUAACAGGAGGAGGUGGCCUUGGGACCCGAGGACAUGCUGGCUACCUCCUCUGCAGCUUUGGGAGCAAGCAGGUCACCGGAAGGUCAUGUGCCUUGAGGACUUCCUUCCAAAGUCCUGGGAAGGACCCCCCCCACACACACACACACCUAUAUGCAGUCCUGGUGCCUUGAGAGUUGAACAUGGUCUCCCAGAAGCAGCUCCCAGCUGCCACUCCCAUGUGUGUGGCCCCAAGGUGGCUGUGAACAGAUUCUAUGAAUGAAAUCUCAGAGACUGGCCCAUGCCGGCUUUCCCCAUCAGCUAGGGUUUUGGUGGAUCUCCUACAUACUCAGUCUGAGGGCCGCUGCAGUACAGCCUAACAACUUACCUGCCUACAAGGAAGCCCUGCUGGGGACUUGGAGUGAGGAUCCUGGACCUGUAUGGCCGCCAGGAGCUACUAGAGGCUGCUGCCCCUUGACCCCGGCUGGCUUUCAGCAACCAUGUGUUGUCCCUCAGUGUCAGGAGUAGGUCCAGCUCCUUCUCACUGGGUUGUCUCAGCCCACAUGUUGGAAGCAGAAUGACUAAGCAUUUGUGUCUGGACCUGUGUCACUGUCAGAGCACAUAACCGACUCUCAGUGAGUGAAUUUCCUGGGGACCAUAAAGAAGCAUCCAUAGAUACCAUGUAUGGAGGGCACUGACCGGCCAGAGAGGAUGUGGUGCAAGUCUAACUCAGUGAGCAUUGAGCUCACUGGGUUUGCAUGGGAGCUGUGCAGGGUCUGUCUUCAGCCUCCUGGGCCAUCCAGCCCACAGCUUUCAGAGCCCCUCACUCACAACCCCUGGGCAUCAGAGUAACUUUUACACACCCCUGGAAUAGAGCUAUAUAAAAGAGGUGUACAGAUCACAUAUUAUCUACUAGAUCAUAAGAAAUUUAUUUUAAAAGCAAUUCUGAAUAUAUUUAAUUUUGUCAUUUAUUAAAGAUUUAAAACAAGUUUGCAGAGGUGUGCAGCCUUGUUGCUGAGAACUGAGGGGGAGGACAGAAAAUACUGAAAGCUUGUUUUCCAUAAAUUGUCUUAAACUCUGAGGCUAAUUCCAGCUCUCAGGAGGCAGAGGCAGGCAGAUCUCUGAAUUUGAGGCCAGCCUGGUCUACAGAGUUGAGUUCAGGACAGCCAGGACUGCACUGAAACUCUGCCUUGAAAACCCAAAAUAAAUAAAUAAAACCCUGAGACUGAUAGCAUCAUGUCAUGAGCCAGGGAGUUUCAGGUUGCAGAUCAUGCAGCAGGAGUGCACACAUGGUGUGUUCAGGUCAUGCGGCAGGAGGGUGUGCUCAGAACCAAGGCUACAGGGAAGUUGUGCUAUGUGACACCAGGAAACAGGACUUAUUACACGUUUAACUGUUUGUUUGUUUGUUUGUUUAUUUUUGGUUUUUCUAACCAGAGUUUUUCUGUGUAGACCAGGCUGGCCCCGAACUCACAGAGAUCCACUUGCCUCUGUCUCCCAAGUGCUGGGAUUAAAGGUGUGCGCCACCACCCCCAGGCUACACAUUUUACUUCUGAUUUUUGAUUGUUGCACAGAAAUGUCUGACUUGCCAAAUGUUUUCUUGCCCGAGUAGAGCUGCAGCCCACAGUUGAAGAGGCAGGAAGGAAUGGUGGCUGGGAUCUCAGGUGGAUCAGGUGACUCCCACGCUGGUAUCCCUCCCUACAUGGAUGUCAACGGGCCCAGUCUCUCAGGGGUCUCCUUUGGCUGGUGACAGCUGCUCUGAUUGAUGCAAGGCCCAAGAGGACAGAGUUCCACCGCCCACUCCCAGCUCCAAGUGGACAGGACUUGCGUCACACUGAGGAGAUAGAUGGCCAACCAGAGCCAGCUGGGCUAAAGCCAGGCUGCCCUCAGCUGCCCUCAGCUGCCCAGAGGUCCAAGUGAGCCUGUGAGAGCAGCCGCGGUUCCAUUCAGAACCUUCUGCCACUAGAGGGCGGUCCAGUCCCUACCGCCUUAAGCACUGCCCUCCUGCCUGAAACACGAUGCCACGUGGCAGAAGAGAGGGCACACACUGGGGUAGCCCCCAGGCUGCAAACUCUACCAGAUCACCUGAGUGAAGCAGAGCUGAGCUGUCCCUGGGUCAUAUGAAAGUGUUAGGAUAGAACUGGGCAGUGGUGAAAAACACUAUUAAUCUCCAGCACUCGGAAGGCAGAGGCAGGCAGAUCUCUGAGUUUGAGAUCAGCCUGGUUUUCACAGUGAGUUUCAGAACAGCCAGGGCUGCAUAGAGAAGCCCUAUCUGGGGGGGGGGGGG